CGAGCUGAGCGUCGGAGAGCGCGAGAUCCCGAGUGCCCUGAUUGUGGGCUUGUGAGGCACCGCUCAGUUUUACACUUGUCGUAUUUUCUUUAGUACGUCUCUAUGACCAUAUGUUGCUUUUAUAAUCGAGAAAUAAUACAUCUUUUUAAAAAAUCAUCACCUCGUAUUUUUAGACGUUCACUCAGAUAUUGGUGGUUGCAACCGGAAAUGGGACUGUGAGCAAAGCCAGAAGAUAAAGAGAAUCUACAGAUACCAAGACAAACAGCAAAAACUCUCCUAAAUCUGGUUUGGAUAAGGAAAGGGGAGAUGAUGAGGAUGACAGAAAAAUUUGCACAGAUGAGCCAAAUUUGCCCCAAUCCAUCUGUGGCAACAGAAAAGAAGGGACUGGAAAUACAUGUGUUGGUUUUGCUUCUUGAAAACAAGAUGUGGGACUGUGCCCAGUUUCUGCUCAUCCUAUAUGGGGGGAUAUUGGUGAUCACCACCCAAGACCUCCGAGGCCUUGGACUACCUCAAGUUUGGGGCCACCACCCAGAGCAUUCCAGACCUUGGUUCACCUGGUGAAAGGUAACAUAGGCACAGGGAUCCUGGGACUACCCCUGGCUGUGAAGAAUGCAGGCAUCCUGAUGGGCCCGCUCAGUUUGCUGGCCAUGGGCCUCAUCUCCUGCCAUUGUAUGCACAUCCUGGUCAGGUGUGCCCAGCACUUCUGCCACAGGCUUAACAAACCGUUUAUGGACUACGGGGAUACAGUGAUGCAUGGACUAGAAGCCAGCCCCAGCAGCUGGCUCCGGAACCAUGCACAUUGGGGAAGGCAUAUCGUGAGCUUCUUUCUCAUAGUCACCCAGCUGGGCUUCUGCUGCGUGUACAUUGUGUUUCUGGCCGAUAAUUUAAAACAGGUAGUGGAAGCAGUUAAUGGCACCACCAGCAACUGCCAUGACAACAUGACAGUGAUCCUGAUGCCCACCAUGGAUUCACGACUCUACAUGCUCACCUUCCUGCCCUUCCUGGUGCUGCUGGCCCUCGUUCGGAACCUCAGGAUCCUGACCAUCUUCUCCCUGUUGGCCAACAUCAGCAUGCUGGUCAGCUUAAUCAUCAUCAUCCAGUACAUCACCCAGGGAAUUCCAGACCCCAGCCAGUUGCCACUGGUAGCAAAUUGGAAGACCUACGCUCUCUUUUUUGGAACAGCCAUUUUUUCAUUUGAAAGCAUUGGCGUGGUUCUGCCCCUGGAAAACAAGAUGAAGGAUGCCCGCCGCUUCCCAGUCAUCCUGUCUUUGGGGAUGUCCAUCAUUACUGCCUUGUACAUCAGCAUCGGGACUCUAGGCUACCUGAGGUUCAGAAAUGACAUCAAGGCCAGCAUAACCCUUAACCUGCCCAACUGCUGGCUGUACCAGUCGGUCAAGCUCCUCUACAUCAUUGGCAUCCUGUGCACCUAUUCCCUGCAGUUCUACGUCCCUGCAGAAAUCAUUAUUCCCUUUGCCAUCUCCAAGGUGUCACAGCGCUGGGCACUGCCUCUGGACUUGUCCAUCCGCCUCGUCAUGGCCUGCCUGACAUGCAUCUUGGCCAUCCUCGUCCCCCGCCUGGACCUGGUUCUCUCCCUGGUGGGCUCCGUGAGCAGCAGUGCCCUGGCCCUCAUCAUCCCGCCCCUCCUGGAGAUUGUCACCUACUACUCAGAGGGUAUGAGCCUCCUCACUAUCAUCAAGGACGCCCUGAUCAGCAUCCUGGGCUUCGUGGGCUUUGUGAUGGGUACCUACCAGGCCCUGGACGAGCUGAUCCAGUCAGAACAUUUUCUCACCUUUCCCAACUCCACCACUUUUACUUAGUGAAAAUGGCACUGCUUCUUACCCACCAGCACCUGACUUUUAAUGAUAUAAAUCUCUUUUAUAUGCAUUUAUAUGUAUUUUGCUGUUUUACCUUUCUCUGGGCUAAGCCACAAUGAAACAAGCACAGACUCACCAGCUACAAAGUCUAGAUGGUAAUUUUUUAACUUUUUUCUUUUCUUCCACCUCUAGCUUUCCACUACAUUGAGAGCUCUCCCAUGGAAAUCUCUUGUUUCCGUCCAACUUUUUGGUAAUUCACAUGAUGAAUUUCAUACCUUGAGGGGGUUAUGCAAGAGGAAGCUACCAGGGGGCAUCCAAGAAGCAGCAGCUGACAGAAGGAGGUGCAGCCAGCUAAGGCUGAUCAUGAUUUGACAGACAAAUGGUUUCCUCUUUUCCAGAUAUGUUUAAAGAGCAAAGAUUAGGAGUGGGGACAUAUCCAUAAUCCAGCAAGGUGUCACAGCUCCAUUGUCAGAGGAGCUCCAUUGCCAGAGGUCCAAUGUAAGCUGCAAAUCUCAGACAAAAAGGAGCCAUCAUAUUUAAGUCUGGGGCAAUAAACCUUCUAAACUACUAGAUAAAGUUUGGCCCAGUUUAAAGACCUCAACAAAGGACAGGCAUCAUGGAAGUGGAUGUAACAAUGGCAGGCAGGAGGGGAUGGACAAUGACAUUAUUUAACAUUAUUUACCUCAAUUCUUUUUUUAAAUUGAAGUAUAGUUGAUUUACAAUGUUAUGUUAGUUUCAGGAGUACAGUAAAGGCCAAAAGGCACAUGAAAAAUGCAAAAGAUGCUCAAUAUAUCUAUUAUUAGAGAAAUGCAGAUUAAAACCACAAUGAGGUAUCAUCUCACACCAGUCAACAAGCAUUCUUGAUUACCUACACUAUGCCAAGCACAGUUCAAAGCUCUUAUAGUAGAUUAUAAAAAUAGCCACAGAUUCCUCUUGACGGUGUAUCUUUGCAGCUUCUCCUAUCAAGAGGUGAAAUCUAUAUCUCUACCCUUUGAAUCUUUUCUUGGCCUUGUAACUUACUUUGGCCAAUGGGACAUUAAUAAAUGUGAUGUAAACAGAUGUUCGGUGAUGGCUUGUGCAUCGGGACCUUCAUCUCGAUGCUCUGUGGAGCCAGGAGCACCAGGUGAAGAAGCCAGGGCUAGCCUACCUGGAGGAUGAGAGACCAUGUGGAGCAGAAAUGAAUCAUCCCAGGUGAGCCCCAUCUCCCAGAACAACCAGCCUGCUGACUUCUGACACGUGAGUGAAGUAUCCUAGACUAUAUACAGCCCUAGUCAAGCUGGCCCAGCCCAUAGGUAUUGCUCAGAUGAUUCACAGAAUUAUGAGAAAUAAUAAAUGUGUUUAGUUUUAAGGUAUAAGAUGUGGAAGUUUUUAUGCAGUGAAAGCCAACUGAUACUUCACUCCAAAGAGGAUACACGAAUGAGUAAGAAAAGAAUCUCUGUCCUCAAGCUGACCUGCUGUCUACUGGGAAAGAAUGACAGGUCAUUAACUAAGUCACUACCAUCAUAGGUCCUUAUAAGGUCAGGGGGACACUUAACUGUUCUGGAGUACUGAGCAUGACUUUCCCAGGUGGCACCAUUUGAGCUGGAUUUUUGAGUAGAACUUGGGUCUCCCAACACUGAAUCUGGUCCUCAUUCCUCUCAGUCCUGCUGCCUUGACAAUGCUGUGCCUUUCCUCAUGUCUGAUCUUGGCUGGCAGCCAGGGGCCCCUCAACCCAACACACCACUUCAACUUUCCUGGUGGUUACUGCUCCCUCCAUCCCCACUAAAACUACUAAAAUUUGGAAAAGGCACCUAGAUAAAUGAGAUGUUGUAGGCAGAUCUGUAGUUCAUUGGUGGUAGAGAAUUUCUCAUUAUACUCUCUGUGGUUUGGGGGAGUGACCCAUGCUUGUUUCAGCCUCGGUUUUAAGGGAACAUUUUUAAAAACC